AUGGGCUACACCCUGGUCAGUGGUCGUCUCAAGCUGCCAGGGCUGUUGAGAUGCAGGGCAGGGGAAGGGCGUCCAAACGCUGUAGCUUACAAGGAGAUACAUGUGGAUGGUCAGCCUCUCAAGAGUCGCCGCUCCAAGAUGGCCACAGUGGGAGAGCAGGUACAAAUCAGUAGUCACACUGUGGACAAAGUGACCAAGGCUAAAGUAACCCUGGAAAAUUACUACUCCAAUCUUAUCUCUCAGCAUGAGGAGAGGGAGAACAGAUAUCGUCUCCUGGAGCAGUCCAUGGAAGAGGAGGGUUUGUCUGAUGAACAGAAAAACGAACGGCGACAACAACAUGCUACCAAAGAGACAGAGUUCCUACGGUUAAAACGAUCACGAUUAGGGGUGGAAGAUUUUGACCCUAUCAAAGUCAUAGGACGAGGAGCGUUUGGUGAGGUUCGACUGGUACAGAAGAAAGAUACAGGCCAUGUGUAUGCCAUGAAGAUAUUGCGAAAGGCUGACAUGUUGGAAAAAGAACAGGUGGCUCAUGUGCGAGCAGAAAGAGAUGUUCUUGUCGAGGCUGACCACACGUGGGUGGUCAAAAUGUAUUAUUCUUUUCAAGAUGCCAUCAACUUGUACCUCAUCAUGGAGUUUUUACCAGGAGGUGACAUGAUGACCCUACUGAUGAAGAAGGACACUUUGACAGAAGACCAAACACAGUUUUAUGUAGCUGAGACAGUUUUAGCUAUUGAUUCUAUACACAAGCUGGGCUUUAUUCACCGUGAUAUCAAACCUGACAACCUUUUAUUAGAUGCCAAGUUAUUAUUUUUAUUUUUUGGCCAUAUUAAAUUAUCUGAUUUUGGACUGUGUACUGGUCUUAAAAAGUCCCACAGAACAGAGUUCUACAAAGAUCUCUCAGGCCAAGCCUGGAGAUUUUCUGUGACAAACAUGAAUAUGAAUCCCAUGGAUUCUAAAAGAAAAGCUGAAAGCUGGAAGCGAAACAGACGAGCAUUGGCCUACUCAACGGUAGGAACACCAGACUAUAUUGCCCCUGAGGUGUUUAUGCAGACAGGCUAUACAAGCUCUUGUGAUUGGUGGUCUCUAGGGGUCAUUAUGUAUGAGAUGUUGAUUGGUUAUCCUCCAUUCUGCUCCGAGAGUCCACAGGAAACGUACAGGAAGGUGAUGAACUGGAGAGAGACUCUUAUCUUCCCUCCUGAAGUGCCAAUAUCUAAUGAAUCCAGGGAGUUUAUCCAAAGUAAGCUGUGUUGUGACCCAGAGCACAGGCUGGGGGCUGGUGGGACAGAGGAGAUUAAACCUCAGGUGUUCUUCAAGGGAGUUGAUUGGGAACACAUCAGGGACAGACCGGCAGCUAUUCCUGUUGAUGUGAAGAGUAUAGAUGAUACGUCCAAUUUUGAUGAAUUCCCAGAAAUUGAUCUCAAGUGGCAUGCUGCCAAUAACCCUCCCACAACAGUUGCUGCCUCGCCACAUCCAGAAGGUGAAAAAGAAUCCAAAUACAAAGACUGGGUGUUCAUCAACUAUACAUAUAAAAGAUUCGAGGGCCUUACUCAAAAGGGAGCCAUGAGGCCACCGUUGUCAAAGAGCUGAGGUCCAUGAGG